AUGGAAUGUGAUACAUGCCGUCUAUGUGGUAUUAAAUUUGAGUUUGAACAUUUGAAACAUAUCUUUGAUGAAGUAACUAAUUUGGCACAAAUAAUAAAUGAGACUUUACCAAUUAAGGUUUCACAAGAUGAUCAUUUCAAAUAUAUAUGUUUAGACUGUUAUGAUAAAGUUAUCAAUCAUUAUGAUUUUAUUCAAAAUAUAUUAGCACACUCGAAGGAAAGUGAGACAAGAACUGUCCCUUUCUUUGAAGCCAAUAAAAAUGAGAAAUUGGAAGAUGUACUGAUUUCUAAGUUACACAGUGAUGUGAUAUAUCCCUGUCCGAAUUGUAAUAAAGAUUUAAUAAUCUUAAUAAACAAUCCUUCAGAUAGUAGUCAUACAUUUCAAGUUACAUUGGCUCUUGUGAAUCAAAUAGAACAAUCCCAAGAAAAUAGUCAAAUAUCUGAUGAUACAGAAGAGUUUAAUGUCUGUACACGGAAAUCGAGGGCACAAGAUAAAUUAUAUGAAUUAUCAUUGAACUGUGAUAUUAUCAAUGAGAAUACAACAAAUGAUAAUAAAUGUGAUAUCAAGAGGAAACAUGAUAGCUCACAAAAAAUUGAUGUAUCAUAUGAACUGAAAACAGGUAUAAAGAGGAAGAUUCAACAAAGUACUUCUACAAAAACAUUUAAUCCUACUAAGAUGCAAAAAUUAGAAGCAAAAUUAGAUACAAUGGAACAAAAUUCUAAUGAAUUAGACAGUGAUUACAGUAAAUUAAAUGUAACUGACUUAAUAACAUUUCAACCGGACAAUGAUGUGGAAUGUUUUAAUGAAGAAAUGAAAAAUGAAGAGGAAUCUAGUACAGGAGACGUGAUGGAAAAGAAAUAUCUUGACAAUAAUCUUGGUAAAUCAGAAAUAAUUCAAAUAAAAUUAAAUGUAAAAGAACAAAAUGACUCAAAUAGUAAUUAUGAUAGGUCAAAUAUAACUGGCUUGAUGACAUUCCAGCCAGAAAAUGAUAACGUGGAAUACAUCACUGAUGAUAAAGAAAUUGACAACAUAACGGUCAUAACGAAAAUGGAAGAAGACUGUGUCAACGAAAAUGAUACAAAUGACAUCAACAUUUCAAAAAAUAAUGUAAAACAAGAAUGCAAUUUGUGUGGAGCUCGUUAUAUUUUACAAGAAAAAUAUGAGUUUCACAUGGAGAGACACAAAUUAAACAAAAUAGAUAAAUACGUUUGUACAAAAUGCGAUAAAGAAACUAAAAAUGAAAACUUGUUGUGGGAUCACUACCUUCACAUGCACAAAACCGCAAUACGGUACCUUUGCUUGAAAUGUAAAAAAGUAUUCAUGAAAAAACCAUAUUUAAUUGCGCAUCAGAAAACGUGCAAACUCUCUGGUAACGAAACAGUGCUAAAUAUUAAAACAGAUGUGGAUAACAAACUGAAGAUUAUUAAAAAACUGAAACAAAAAUGCAAAGUCUGCAGAAAAUUGAUAAAAGGUGUAGAUCCUAACGCUAUUAACGAUGAAGUAAUGUGCGCUUCCUGUAAAAUAAAAGGAAUUUCGCAGCGACAAUAUUACUGUGCAAAGUGCAAUAAACACUUUAUGCGUCAGGAAAGACUCGAGUUCCACAAGAUGCGACAUAAUGAGAAUAUGGACGAGUUUAUCUGCAGCACGUGCGGUAAGGAUUUCAGUGGGGAAAAUUCUUUGUACGAACAUUAUCUCUUUGUGCAUAAGGGAUUUAGACCACAUAUUUGCGAAAUAUGCGGUAAGUCAUUUCAGCUGAAGGUGCGAUUGAAGGAACAUCAUCGAAAACAUACUGGUGAGAUGCCUUAUCAAUGUGAAGUAUGCGGCCUGCGAUGUAGGACUAUACAUGCAUUAAAAUUCCACAAGAAGUCUCAUUUCUCCAAUCGCCACAUUUGCGAUAUAUGUGGCAAAUCGUUCCUUAAGAAGCAGAAUUGGAAUGAACAUCUAGAGAAACACUGGAAGAAAGACAAGAACAUAUCACUUCCGCGAAUAUUUACGUGUCCUGUGUGCAACGAUGAUUUGCCGACCUUCCGUAUGUUAAAGAAUCACAUGAUUGGAAUUCAUAAGCUUGACCGUCAAGAUCCCCUAAUAAUUAAUCAAAAACCAUUGUACGAAUGUAACGAGUGUCAAGAAAAAUUCAAACAUCAAAUGUCGCUCAAGUCGCACAAGGAAAAAGUGCACGAAGGCAAAAUUAUACCUCUUAUAUUUCAGUGUGAUAUAUGCAAAAUUGUAUGCAAAGCCAAACGAUUGCUAAUAAAGCAUAUUCAGAAAGAGCACAACGACAAUAAAUGUCAGCAGUGUGGUAAAAAAUUCACAGAUAAAAAAGAUCUUGAUCAUCACGUUUCAUUACACAAUAGUAAGAAGCUGUUGGCAUGCAAGUACUCUGACAAACAAAGGGAUGCUAGGAACUUACAUCACCAUAAAUACAUGAACGUUUACCAGUGCAGAGAUUGCAACGAAUCAUUCGCUAAUUAUGCUAGCCACUUAAUUCAUCGCAAAAAGAUGCACAAACCCGAGAACGCAAUCCAUCCAGAACGCAAAAUUAAAUGCAACAAUACGCAACAAAUUAGAAUUCAUCUGGACAAACAUUUCAGCGAAAAAUUGAGUAAAUUAGAUUCCAAGUAAUAUUAUAGAUUAUA